UUGAUUCUGCAUUUUGAACUCAACCUUUUACAGUGGAUAAAGGGCAGAAUUGCAGCAAACUUUCCUUUUUCCAAUCCUUUCCCUGAAAGAGUCUCCAAGCUGUAAAUGGAGCUACCCAUCAUCGUUUGUGCUGUGAUGGUGCUGCUAAAUACCAGUGGUGCAAAAGAGGGUCAACACAUCAUGGCUGGUGCUGUCACGUACUAUGGGGAGAUUGGGAGGAACAUCACUCUGAGUUGCAACGUCUCAGCCAGUGAAGCGGCAGAGUGGAGGCUGAACAACUCGCAGAUCAAUGAGACCACAGAGGUUCAUCUGACUGGAAACGACCUCGCCAUCUUCAGUGCUCAUCCAUCCAAGGAAGGGGAGUACAGCUGCCACAGCGUGGAGACAGGCAACACUUACAGCAGAAUCUUUUUGCUACUGGGAUAUGUCCCAGGAAAACCCCAACUCAGCUGUUGGUCAGUCAGAUACCCAUUGAACGUGGUCUGCACCUGGAAUCUGGAGAAGCCGACCAACCUCCCCACUGAGAUUAACACCACAUACAGUUAUGGAACAGAAGUUGUUAAAACCUGCUCGAGUGCCGGGCCGCUGCGGGGCAACUGUACAAUAAAGGACAUCAAACUAUUUUCGAAGAUUCCCUACAAGGUGAUAGUGACAGCAACAAACCCCCUGGGAUCCCGAUCCACCAUUAAAGAAUUCAUUGUGGAGAAGAUAAUUAAACCGGACCCGCCGGCUGAUGUCAGCCUUUCUCCAGUACCCAACCAACGUAAGAAGCUGCUGCUCCAAUGGAAGCCUCCUGCAACCUGGCCCAAUCCACAGCUAUUCACACUGAAAUAUAUCAUAAGAUACUGGCAAGCAGGAUCCAACAGACCCAGAAUGAUUGAGAUCAACAAUCUCACCAACUACACUCUGAGUGGUCUGCGAUCCAGAGCAGUGUACUUUGUACAAGUGGCAGCAAAGGAUUUUGUUGACAAUGGCCAACCCAGUGAGUGGAGCCCGACCAUCUCUGCACGCCUGUGGUCCAAGGAGUGACACUGGCCCCUCUGAAUCUAUGCAUCUUCCUGCUGGUAACUUAGUUUUACUAGCAUCUACAGUCUGAAGGAGUAGAUGUGUAGACUUGGAGCGUUUAUCUAAAGAGUUCCUAUCGAGGCACAGUGUCCGCAAUUUAGAACAUCUCUUCUUUGUGAAUCAAAAGCUUCUUAAAAUGUUGAGGUAUAAUGCUGUGGGCAGCAGUGCCAUGUUUGUGAAUUAAAUCCUCGUUUGUUCCAUAAAAUCACAGGUAGGGGGCGUCAUUGUGAAGAUUGGUGCACUCUCCUCCCUGUCCUUCCAAUCCAUGAUACAGUAAACCCUUGUUUCAACUGACCUCUUUAAAACUGAUUUUAGUUACAGUGGACGGACCUACUGAUGGCUGGCAACACCACCCCCGACCCACAUUGCCUCCCCGAUCACUUCAGGCUGGACCCACUACUGCAACUGCCAGCCCACACAGUGUCCUCGGCCACUUCCAGGCCACAUGUGCCAUCUCACAUGCACUCCGGCAGCCUGCGGGUCACGACCAUUGACUUCACCAAUUCUUCCCACUAUUGCAGCCACCAGCAGGCUUGCCAUCAACUCACAUGGAUUCAGGGCCUAGUCCCAGACUGAGUCUGAAGAAGUCUUAACCCAAAAUGUCACCUAUCUAUGUUAUAGGAGACAAUUGGCACCGACAGAGACCAUCCCCCCCCCCCCCCCCCCACCCCCCAUGGUCCAUUAUAGAAUGCAACUCUUGGUUCCGUUUUUUCCCUUUCUAUUAAUGCAUUCUGGCGUGCUAAUCAUACCCCAGCAGCCUGCUGUGAGCAACAUUUAAUACAAAGAAGCAUAAUAGCCAUUUUAAAGUUAUUUGGUCCUGCCCCACAAUAGAUAUUUCCUGAAGAAGGUCUGAAGAAGGGUUGCGGCCCGAAACGUUGCCUAUUUCCUUCGCUCCAUAGAUGCUGCUGCACCCGCUGAGUUUCUCCAGCUUUUUUGUGUAACCAUAGAUA